GUUUGUGUUCAGUAUUUCAGGUUAAAUGUCUGAAUUGAAAGGGCAUUUCCUAUUAUGUUUACACUUUGAGUCUACUGUACUCCACAUCUGAAAUACUCGCCUUCAAAGUCCCUUUGGAGCCUGAAGAUUAAUUGCCAACAUGUUCUUGGAUUAAGUAUAUGGUUUUAUUAGCAAUGGAAAUAGGCUUAAAUUCAUUGUUUAAAGGUAUGUCCAUGAAACUUGUAUAGCAAAAUGGAAAGAUCCUAAAUUACUAUUCAAAUACCUGUUCAAUAAAUCUACACUUAGAUAUGGUGUUACUUCAGAGCAAUUAGUGCACUGUCCCCAAUGAAUUUGUACGCAGAUUAAAUGUAAUUUUGGCUAAAAAGAAAGGUUUUAAGAGUAGUUUCCUGUCUUCAUUAUUAUUAUUAUUCAAAGAUGUGCUUUUCCUUUGUAGCUAAAUGAAGCGAAUUCAUCCUCUCCGACAUCUGAACAAGCGCCAAGCCUUUUUCAGGACCAUGGACAGGUCUCUCGGUAUGCAUGUGUCCGGCUCGCGGGAGCCUGCGGGGCUGUUCUACACAUUUACUCCGAUCUCUGCCAGAGAUGUUCGGCCAUGCGGAAGGGCAGCACGACAUCAGUCAUGCCACCUUUCGAUAUUGCUAAGAGGUGCUGUUCUCUUUACGUAGAUGCCCCCAGAAAGUGUUGGAGAGACUGUGGUUCUGAUUCAAGCAUAGCCUACUCGCACAUUCACUCGUGAAUCCACUUGGAAAGAUCCAUUCACAGACAGCAAUUCGAAGUUUAAGCCUAACUGUCUACUGUUGAGCUGUUAAGGAGUAUGUUUCCAGAUCGCACUGCAUUAGGAUUCGCUGUCUACAUUGCAUCUCGUCGUCCUGGGCAGAAUUUACGGUGAUCCUGUACAAAUGCGAUACACACUACGACCCUCAGGUAAAAAUGGGACCGAGGUGAAAUGAGGUAGGCUAUCUUACGUCUACCUUGAGGGGGGGGGAAAAAGAUCGAAAAAUGACCUGCUUUUAGAUGUCUCGUUCUGACAGGGUUUGCGAGAGCAUCAUCUGAUGUUCCUCGCACUCUUGCCUGUAGUUCCAUCGGAGUCGUCUAAUUUACAAGCAGUUUAUGCACUUCCACUGACGUCAAUGGAGCAGUCUUGGAUGCAUAUAAACAUUCGUCAAGAAGCGUUCCAUUCCAAUCUCAUCCAAGCAGGACUUUUCGGACCAAGGUCUUGAGUACCACUUUUCUAACCUGUAUAAAACUUUCCAAGCUUCAGAAGAACAGGACCCCACGAUUUGCGCCUAUCCAUUAUGAAGCCCGUUCCGCUGGUCCUGCUGAUAGCCACAGUACUUCUGACUUCUCACAUCCCCCCGAGCGCCUGUCGACCAAGGGACCUCAGCAGAUUCGAUGGGCACGGUUACAAAACCCAAAUGGACGAGGUCUUGUUGAAAGCGGGCGACAACGCCGUCUCAUACCUCAUAGGAGAAAAGAUUCUUAGGUAUUUGCAAAGAAAUCCAAGAUUCCAGAAGGGUCUCCUGCAGUUUCCUUUAGACAACCUCCAGGUUAUGACGCCACUCACUACAAAGGAGCUCGGUCACCUGGCGCGCAGUUUGCCGCUCACAGAAGAGGAGCGGUCGCUGGACGAAGGCAACAGUCUGGAAGACUUCGCGGAGCUUUCCAAGAGGAACGAUGACCCGCCAAUCUCCAUUGAUCUCACUUUCCACCUGCUGAGAAAUAUGAUAGAAAUGGCGAGGAUCGAAAGUCAGAAAGAACAAGCGGAAAUAAACCGCAAGUAUCUAGAUGAAGUUGGCAAAUGAUCUUUACCAUUGAAACAAACGAA